AUGGUAAUUGAACAAGAUCAGUCUCUAAACCUUAAACAAUUCAAUGAGACUUCAACAAGCAAUCUACUAAACAAUUGUCUUAACAAGAUAUAUUCAUCUGAUAAUUUAUUAGUGCUAGAUCCAAUAUUAUCACCAUUUAUAAAUAGUCUCACAACAUUUCUGAAUAUAAAAGAACAUGGGAAAUGCCAAAAUGUCACAUGGUUGAACGAUGAAUUAAUGGAAUUACCUAUUAAUGUGCUAUCCAAAUAUUCAAGUUUAAUCAUAAUACUACCUGAAUCUAAUGAAAAUUUGAAAAAAUUAGAAAAAUAUAUUCAAUAUAUACAACAUAAUAUUCAUAAUUUGAAAUAUAAUAUAAUAGUUAAAGAUUUAAGUAAAAAUUAUUUAUACCUACUAAAUAAAGCAUUUAAUGGUAUUAACAAUUUUGAAAAAAUUUUAGGUCUACUCAAUCCUAUCAAAUCAGUAAAUAUAACGUCUAAAAUUAAGGUAUUCAAUUGGGAAACAGAUCCAAUUUAUACGGAUGGAAUACUAUUAACUAGCAUAAAUCAAUAUGGUGGAUUAGAUGAUUAUUUUGAAAGACCAAUAAAACAAAUAAAUGAAUUAUCAGAAGCAAUAGUUAAAUUAUUGUUCCUAAAUAAUGGAACCAACAAACCAUAUCCUUUACUUAAACUACGAAAUGUUUAUGGGAAGGGAGAUCAUUCUGAAUUAUUAAUAAAUACCCUAAUGAAGUCGCUAAUUCCAAAUUAUUUAAAUGAAAAUAUGACAAAUAUAGAGAUUGAAUAUUAUAAUGAAAAAAUUCAAAGUAAUACAGAUUUGAUUGUUAUUGAAAGAAAUUUAGAUUAUUUUCCUUUAAUUUUCAAUCAAUUAAAUUAUCAAGGUAUUAUUGAUGAUUUAUUUGAAAUUAAAUUUGAAAAUAUUGUUCAUUUAGAAAAACAAAAUUUAACUGAUGAAUUAUAUAUUCAAGAUUUAAAAAAUUUAAAUUUUUCAACUAUUGGAUUAAGAUUAAAUAAAUUAGCAAAACUUAUUCAACAAAAAUAUAAAGAUUCUGGAUCAAUUGGAGAAUCAAAUUUAAAUGAUAUGAAAAAUUUAGUUUCAAGUUUAGGUAAUUUAACAUUACAACAAGAACUUAUAAAAAAACAUACAAUAAUUGGUGAAGCUAUUUUAAGUAAAGUAAAUAAUGAAUAUGAAAAAUUUUUAACUUUACAAAAUGAUAUUUUUGAAAUGGAUUAUAAAUUACAAAUUUCAAAUUUAAAUUUUUUUAUAAAUAGUAAUUAUAAUAUUGAAUUUAUAUGGCCAACAAUUUUAUUAAUUGGAUUUAUUAAUGAUGGAAUUUUAAAUAAGGAUUUAGAAAAAAUUUCAAUUGAUUUGCAAGAUAAUUUUGGAUUAGAAGCAGCAUUAGCAUUAGAGAAAUUGAUCAAAUUAAAAUUAAUUAGAGUUAUUAAUGAUUCCUCAAAUGAUUUUUUGACAUCUUUAGGUUUGAGUAGUCAAAAAAAGCAUCAUCAAACUAAUGUUGAAGAUAAUCAAAAUUUAAGAGGUAUAAGUGGUGCAAAAGAUGUUUUUAAGAGUAAUUAUACAUUGAUAAAUAAAUUCUGGAAUUUACAUCCUAUGGAGGACGAAGAUGAUAGUACAAACAAAUCUUCAAAUCAAGAGCUGAGGAAUUUGAUUGAAAUUUAUCCUAAUCCAUCAUUUACAUUACCUGGAAAUACGGUUCCUUUAACAUAUAGAAUCAUUGAAUCACUAUACUUUAGAGAUUUUUUAAAAUAUAGACCAGUAAAUAAUAUCAAACAUAGACCAAAUUGGGAUAAUCUUGGUUUAAACACAAUGUUUUCUGGAUCUUCAUUAGAUUUAAACAUUCAUAAUAUAAAUAAUGAUAAACUGAAAUAUAUGAUAGUGGUAUUUUUAGGUGGAAUUACAAGAAGUGAAUUAACUUGUUUGAAAUAUCUAGAAGAAAAAUUACAUAAAAAGGGUAAUCAUAAAGAAAUAAUAAUAAUAUCAAAUGGAAUUGUUAAUCAUCAUAAGUUAUGGCAAUACAUUAUUCAAUGA